AUGCAAAAGGUCCCUGUACACCCCAAUUCACAGACACCAAGAGUACCUAUUAUUAUAUCCAGUUGUGGUCAAUUAAAUGCUCCUUCUUGUAUAAGAAAUGUAUCUAUGUUACCAAUAAAGAAUCAGGUAGAUAACUUGAUGAAAAAACAUCAGAAAGAAAUACAAAAACAACAAGAAGAUGCUAGUAAACUUAAGGGUAGUGAUGAAGAAUCGUUGAGCAGCAGCAGCGACAGCGAAGGAGAGGGACCAUAUAGGGACAAGAAAAGAAGGAUGGAGAGAAAGAGACAACGUUUCUUAGAGAGCAGCACGUAUGCAGCGCAGCAGGCAUUGGAGAAAGUUGCUGCUGGUGCUGCUCUGCUGCCUUUGCUGCAGCCAGAAGCAGCACAAGCAGCAGCACAAGCAGCAGCAGAAAAAGCAGCAAAAGGUUUAUAUCAUGCAGAUAAUACUAGUAGUGAUGAUGACGAACAGCAGCAAAAGCAGCAACAUGCUGCAGCAGCAGCAACAGCAGCAGCAGAAGCAGCAGCAAUUGAUCCUCUAGGUAAACUUCUUAUGAAUCUUGAGGAUGAAGCAGACUCAGAGAUAGAUCAAGACAACAGCAGCAACAGCAGCAACAGCAGCAGCAGCAGCAGCAGCAGCAGCAGCAGCAGCAGCAGCAAUUCAGCAGCACGGUAUUAG